AUGGCGCGUAUCCCACUAUCUCAGCUGGGCCAAGGGACCUCCCACGGCUCCAACAUUUCGACAUCUCCUAGAUCAUCUUCGGAUAAAGAAAACCGCCGACAGAGCGUCACUAAACGAACCAGUGCUCAGAUGGCGCGUACACCACAAGCCAGCAAACGGCGCCGACUAACCGAUCGCACAUCAAGUAUUCAGUCGCAAGUACCCUCCUCGCAGCGCAACAAUGGCACCAAAUUCUAUGAUCCCGAUCAACCCGAAGCAGAGCGACGCGCUGUUCGGAGAGGACUGAGAGACCUCUCAAGCAAUCUCAAUGACUCGCACGCCGAGUUCAUGCAGUCAGGAAACGAUGGCCUCUACAGAACUGUUUUACAAGCGAAUGAACUCUUCACUCAAGUCAAGCAAACCUCUGAUGCCACCCUCGACUCACGCCUCCUCGUCCAAGCCGCGGAUGCCUCGCACAAGAAAACCGCGCAACUUGCGCUCGGAGAUUCCACCGCCGGUAUCGACAUUGAUGAGUUUGUCUCCAAGUGCAUCUCAUAUAUGCGCAGUGGCCCCGAUCUUUCUGAAGGCUCAGCCGAAGAUACUAUGCGAGGCCGAUCGCGUAACCAUCGAAGCCAACGGGACCCGAAUGACAGCGAUGAAGAAAAUCACGGCGAUGCAAUGAAUUGGGACUGGCUUGGCCGAUCCGCAUGCUUUCCAUUCAGCGCUAGGCCCGUGGUAUCGGGAUGGCUACUUGGUCCAUUGUCCGUGCAAAAACGCACGAGGCAGCUGACCCAACGAACUGGGCGUGAGCGCUUCGACCAGACAGAAGCCGUCCAGCCACAGGAACUCCGGCAAGCAGAUCUUGGGCAGCAAGAAAGCGCAAAUCUUACAGAGAUCUGUUCCAAGAUCAACAAACUGCUAGCCGAUACCCAGAAAAAUGCCGAAAGCAAAGUCAACUGGAUCCUGAGCCAGGAAGAAGAUCCCUCCGAGGAGAGAUUGCAGGAAGUCAUGGAUGAGAACUGUAUUGCCGACGAUGGCGGGAUUCCCCUAUUCCGCUUCUGUGUUAAUCCUCGGUCGUUUGGACAAAGCGUCGAAAAUCUGUUUUAUAUCAGCUUCCUGGUACGAGACGGCCAUGUGGCUCUAAACACGGAUACUCGUGGGUUACCGACUUUAAUAAGCACGGCCCCCUUCGCGCCUAAUGAAGCCCAGCGAAUGGGUAUUCAAAAGCAUCAGGCUAUCUUUACUUUAGACUUUGACACUUGGCGAGACAUGAUUGAAACAUUCAACAUUAAAGAGUGUAUUAUCCCCCAUCGCGAGGAAGUGCAGGAGGAAACAGGCCAGACCUGGUAUGGCUAG